CCCGCAGCUGUAGCGCCUGCCGGGCUGCCGCUGUCCGCCUGGCCCAGACCCUGCUCCCGCCACCCGCCGAGGACAUGGAUGCUUCCUUGGAUGCAUGGGACCACUUCUACACACCUUUGAUAUCCUUGUGGGUGAACAGGUUUUAUGUGUACUUGGGUCUUGCCUUUGGCGUUAGCCUGUGCAUCUGCAUUCAAGUUGUCACCAAAAAGCUGGGUGACAGAUCACUGGGGAAAUCCUCCCUCCAGAAGACCUUCCCAGCUCCUGUGGCCCCCGUGGCUCCUGUGGCCAAUGGUCCCACUUCCCCUGAGAAGAAAGAAGUCCAUGUUUCUGGAGUGAAUAUCUUCUAUGCUUCUCAGACCGGUACUGCAAAGGGAUUUGCAGCAAGUCUGGCCAAAGCGGUCACGGCUCUUGAUUUGCCUGUGGUGGUCAUUAAUUUGAAAGAAUAUGACCCCGAUGAUCACCUGGGGGAGGAGGUAACCAGUAAAAAUAUUUGUGUCUUCCUGGUUGCUACCUACACUGAUGGCCGACCACCAGACAGUGCAGAGUGGUUCUGCAAAUGGUUGGAGGAAGCGUCUAAUGACUUUAGAUUUGGCAAGACUUAUCUGAAGGGCAUGAGAUACGCAGUGUUUGGAUUGGGAAACUCAGUCUAUGAGAGCAACUUUAACAAGGUCGGCAAAAACAUUGAUAGAUGGUUGUGGAUGCUCAGUGCCAGGCGGGUCAUGACCUGCGGGGAGGGCGACGGCAACGUGGUGAAGAGCAGGCACGGGAGCCUGGAAGCCGACUUCGCCGCUUGGCAGGCCCGCUUCCUUUCCCGGCUGCAGGAUCUAAGCCGCGGCAGCAGCGGUGAGAAGAAGGCCUGCCGUGGCAGCCACCGCCGGGGCAGCUGCGAAAAAGGCGGAUGCAGAGUCAAGAAGGAGGGAAAGGGCAUGGGGCCGGCGGGGCCCCAGCGGGAGGCCCCCGAGGAGAAAGAACAAUUUGAAACCACAAGUGAGGAAGAGUCGGGCGCUGAAGACCAUCAGAGUCGCAGCUCAGUGAUGGACGUGGAGGAUCUGGGCAAGAUGAUGAGCAGCAUGAAGAAGGCAAAGAAAGAAAAGGAGCAGCAGGACAUACAACUGGAUUUGUCCCGGGGUGCCCGGGAAAAGCGAGAGAUGAUCACUCCAGCACUCCGAGAAGCCCUUUCCAAACAAGGUUAUCAAUUGAUUGGGAGCCACUCCGGAGUGAAGCUGUGCCGCUGGACCAAGUCAAUGCUGCGAGGCAGAGGAGGCUGCUACAAACACACUUUCUAUGGCAUCGAAAGCCAUCGCUGCAUGGAGACCACCCCCAGCCUGGCAUGUGCAAACAAGUGUGUCUUCUGCUGGAGGCACCACACCAAUCCCGUGGGUACGGAGUGGCGAUGGAAGAUGGAUCAGCCUGACAUGAUCUUACGAGAGGCUGUGGAAAAUCACCAGAACAUGAUCAAGCAGUUUAAAGGAGUUCCCGGUGUGAAAGCCAGUCGCUUGGAGGAAGGUCUGCAGGUGAAACAUUGUGCCCUGUCACUUGUAGGAGAACCCAUCAUGUAUCCAGAAAUCAACCGCUUCCUGAAACUGCUUCACCAACAUAGAAUUUCCAGCUUCCUGGUCACCAAUGCCCAGUUUCCCACGGAGAUCAGGAACCUGGAGCCAGUUACCCAGCUAUACGUCAGUGUGGAUGCCAGCACCAAAGAUAGCCUGAAGAAAAUUGAUCGACCGCUCUUUAAGGAUUUUUGGCAAAGAUUCCUCAACAGUUUAAGAGCCUUGGCCGCAAAGCAACAACGCACAGUGUAUCGCCUGACGCUGGUGAAGGCCUGGAACGUGGAUGAACUCCGAGCCUACGUGGAGCUCGUGUCCCUGGGGGAGCCAGACUUCAUCGAGGUGAAGGGUGUGACCUACUGUGGAGAAAGCUCUGCCAGCAACCUCACCAUGGCCAACGUGCCUUGGCAUGAGGAAGUGGUACGCUUCGUGGAAGAGCUUGUGGAUCUACUCCCCAACUACGAAAUCGCUUGUGAGCACGAACACUCCAAUUGCCUCCUGAUCGCGCACACCAAGUUCAAGAUUGAUGGGGAAUGGUGGACUUGGAUUGAUUAUGACCGAUUCCAGGACCUCAUCCACGAGUAUGAGACCAGCCGUGGGUCAAAGACCUUCAGCGCCAAGGAUUACGUGGCCAGGACUCCCCCUUGGGCAGUCUUUGGGGCCAGUGAGCGAGGUUUUGAUCCCAAGGACACACGAUUCCAGAGGAAGAACAAAUCCAAGGACAUCUCUGGCUGUUGAGACUCAGGCUUCGUUGGGAGAUGGAAGCUGGGACCAUAAUGGCCCCAGAACUGACUAGUCCUAACUAACUGUGUGAUCACAAGGACACAGAACUCAAAUGAAUUUUCAUGCGGAGAAUAGUAGAAAAUCAGAAUUCUGGGGAGAAGCCCUGCAUUGGAAAAAGAAAGAGCAUGGAACUCAGGCUAGGGUUUCAUUCUAGGACCCAGGGUUUUGCCUCUUCUAGAUCUAAGUAGGGAAAUGACCAGCGGAUCAGAACUGCCAUCGGUGGACUUUGACUCAAAGGGCAGUGAGCAUGAUUAUCAUGUCUGGUGCCCACCUGGUGUUAAGGGAUGAGCUGGCAUGGGCCGGGUCUCACUGCCUGCUCACCCUGAGCGGUGAUGCCCUUCUCAGCAUCCAGACUCAUUGCCCUCAUUGGACACUUGCCCUCCUGGAGUUCAGAUCACUGCUCUUUUAGAAGAGUAGUUCCCAAAAACCAUCCAAUUUGCCAUGAAUGGAAGUGGUUUUACUGCUUCACAGUUAGCUCUUUACUUUUCUGACUCUGUGCCAGCCCCUUGUGAAAUGGGAUUGGUCUUCGGUCAAAAUCUACUUUGCAUUCUGUGUCUUUCUGUUUCCACGCCACUUCCUAAAGAGCUAAUCCAUGGAUGGAUUAGAAUGAAAGCCUCUCUGCAUCAGGGGUAAUUGCAAUGUGAUUGCAUUGGAGUAUUUCUCCCAGCCAGAUUCCAAAACCAGGAGGACAAUUUGCUUUUUAUGCAAACAAUAAAUUUCCAGGCAUCUUAUAGCCAUGUGUAAAGUGGGCCCCUGUCUUCCCUUCAUUCUUAGAGCUACUGCUGUUCACAUGAAUCUUGAGGUUCAUUUCUGCCCCAGCAGAGAGCUCCCACAGUCCCCAGGGCUUGUUUUUUUUGAAGGUCAUCAUGGUUAUUUUUAAAAUGCCUUCAUCCCAGGAACUGAGCUUAAUAAAAUAUUCUUUUU